CCCUUGGCUAGGACGCACAGCAGUGAAAUAUACCCGCACCAUGACUGUGACGUGAGUUCUACUGGGUGGGGUGAGCAGUCGGACUGUGGGAUUGAGGUGUGUCUCCGAGGAGGAAGGCAGUGGAGGUAGUAUUUGCCUUCUGAUGUGUGCCUCCUUUGUCUUAAAAGGCUACGUCCGGGGAAGCUUAGUUCUCAAAGCCAGGAACAAAUAAGGGAUUAAUUCGGUGGUUCAGCCUAACAAGUAACCACUGCUACUCAAGUUCUGUAGGGUAUUUAGCCCCCCAUGGAGAAUACCAAGAUUACAAAACGUAACAUCUAAGAGAAAUUCAGAAGGGAGCUUUUGCUUUGCCUAACAUCCGCAUAAGUGACGCUCGCAGGUGCAUGCAAAUCUGCUCUCGGGGAAUCGAUCCGCUGGAACUCCGUGGAAUUUUCUUGCACAAAGACAUUCCCGGGCUCACACGCAACAGUUUGGGAGUAAACUCCGCAGAACACAAGAGAAUUUCAUUAAAACCUAUAAAAGAGCAAGAGACCAGCAGCAUCUGCGUGAGACAGGAUGUAGGGCGAGGUGGAUCACCGGUUCCAAAGCAGAUGAAGAAACGGGAUUGCAGGUUUCGGAGAGGAAAGGAGAGAAAGAAAGACCUUUGCAUCUAUCCCUUUUCUGAAGAUGUAAGGGAGCCUCAGUUCUGAGACGAUAUUUAUGUCAGUUGGAAGAUGCAGCAGAGGAAGGAAUACAUUCGGUUGGUGUUCCCUUGUAGGCUCUCCCACACCCUUUCAGUUCUAGCAAAACAGCUUUUGGAACAAGAGGGCUUGUGAAAUUCUCAUGCACUGAUUUCCACUGAAGCAACGAUCCAAAAGAAAGGUGCAUUUACCAUGAACGCUUCUCCUGAAGGAGAGAUUGUAAACUCUCUGACAAGAACUCUGUUCAAAGACGCAAGUCCUUAAGCUGAACGAGGAGUCAGAGACGGCACCACGAUGUAUAUUAAUCCUCGGAGAGUCAGAAAAUGCCAAUUUGUGCAGUUAUUUGCCACUUGUUUCAUAGUGAGUCUUAUGAUAUUUUGGGGUCCACUUGAUGACGGUAGUGUUGUGAGCCAUGUGAAGUCUUACUCGUAUAGAUACCUCGUCAACAGCUACACUUUUGUGAACGAAAGCCUGUCUCUUAGCAGGGAUGACAUGGACAGGACAGCAAGCUAUCAGUACUUGAUCAAUCACCCGGAGAAAUGUCGGCGGCAAGACAUCCUCCUCCUGCUGUUUGUGAAGAGUUCGCCUGAAAACCGCUACCGCAGAGACGCAAUUCGACAAACAUGGGGUAGCGACAAGUAUGCCAGUUCCCACCUUAACGCCAACAUCAAGACCCUGUUUGCUUUGGGACAGCUGAAAGACCCUGCACACAGAGAGCAGAUGCAAAACCGGCUCCAGCUGGAAGACAAGAAGUAUGGCGAUCUGAUUCAGCAAGACUUUAUGGAUACAUUUCACAACCUGACCAUUAAGCUGCUCCUGCAGUUCAGCUGGGUAAAUAAGUACUGCCCUCAUGCCAAGUUCAUUAUGUCAGCGGACGAUGACAUUUUCAUUCACAUGCCAAAUCUCAUCGCAUACCUCCAAAGCCUUGCACAGAUGGGCGUUCAGGAUCUCUGGAUUGGGCGCGUCCAUCGCGGGUCGCCUCCCGUAAGAGACAAGACCAGCAAAUACUAUGUCCCUUAUGAAAUGUACCCAUGGCCUGCUUAUCCGGACUACACAGCUGGGGCUGCUUAUGUAAUAUCCAGUGAUGUAGCAGCCAAGGUAUUCAUGGCCUCACAGACGCUUAAUACAAGCCUUUACAUUGAUGAUGUCUUCAUGGGUCUCUGUGCCAACAAGAUGGGGGUUGUACCGCAAUAUCACCAGUUUUUUUCUGGGGAAGGGAAGGCACCUUAUCAUCCUUGCAUUUAUAACAAAAUGAUGACAUCUCACGGCCACGUAGAAGACCUCCGCUACCUUUGGAAGCAGGCUACAGAUCCAAAAACGAAGAACAUUUCUUCUGGGAUUUUUGGUAAAAUGUAUUGCAAAAUAGUUAACAUCGUACUGCUAUGCAAAUUGUAUUAUCAGGACACGUAUCCCUGCACGGCUGCACUGUUCUAAAUACUUGAAUGCCAUGGACUUACUGAGCCAAAAAUGGAAUGAGAAAUCUCAAUUGGUUUUUUUUUUUUCAAGAUAUAUAACAAAAAAAGAAAGAAAUGUAUGUAAAAUGUGAAUACUUCCCCUCUACACCUAAUUCACUCCUCCAACAGCUUCACCAAAGUGUCCUUACCGCUAUCUGAACGGCUUGUUUCCCAUACAAUGGUUUGUGUGUCUUCCUCCAAGUAGGUUAAGAUUUGGCUAGAUAACUAUUAACUAAUUUAAAAGAAAAAGUUUACAUUUCUAGUAAAUGCUGACCUAUCUGUAGGAAACAUGAACCAGAACUUGGGAAAACACAAACUUCUUAAAAGAAGUCCAUGUAUUGUGUUCUCCCAUUGCAGUAAUACUUGGAAAUAACACAGAUAAGAAAAGUAAACAUAACAUUGCUGCAAAGGCCUUUCACUGCAAGUAGUUAGUCAACAUCUUCUCCCCUUCCCACUCGCCACCAAGGACAAUCUUUUCUUAAUUCUAUACUGACUUUAUUUGUUAGGUAUAAUGCUAAAAGAGUACUGAUUGCUUAGCUCUUUGGAGACAUAAGAGGUGCUAAUGUUUGGUUUCAGGCACUGGUUCAAAUUUAUCCAGCGAUAUCGUUGACCAAAAGGAAACCGUGGGUUGGAUUCCCCAUGGAUCCACCCUGGGAUCUGCAUUGUAGCCUUCUGUCAUAAAUUGUUUGCAGCAGGAAUAAGCUCACACAAAGAUCACGCUUCCUUCGAGUUUGGUAAAGUGAGAAGGUGAACUGUUAAAUCUUGAGCGUUUGCAGGAAUGUGUCUGAAUAUUCCAACACUUUUGGGCCGCAAAGAGCACACAUCACCCUUCUCCAUUGGUUUUCUCCACAGUCCAGUAGUUUCCCCUCCCACUGUGUUGCUGUUACUUAAUAAACAGGAAAAGAAAGAGUACGCUUAAGAGCCGAGGAAGACAGCAGAUGAGUAUAAGCGGGUUAUUAUACCCCUCACAAAAACGACAAAAAAGUUCUAGCGGGACACCCCCUCUCAAAGCUGUGGUUUUUGAUAGCACAAGAGUAGACAGCACUAAGAGUGUUCAACUUUUAAAUUCUGUGCCAACUUUAUUAUAGAAACAUAUUGUUCCUUCAAGAAAAUCUGGAAAAUCUUCCCCCGUCCCAACUUUUGUGUCUCCUCUUUACAAUAUGAACAAAACAGCUACACCUUCCGUUUCCAGAAUGGAGUGAAAGCACGGUUAGGCCUUGGCCAUAAAACAGUGACGUGUACAGGUGUGCAGCUCCACCUAAAACGUUUGCUGUUGUUGUAAUUCUGGGGAGUGGGGGUUGGCUUUGACUGCUUCCACUACCGUGUUGUUUAGCAGCUGCUCAUUUUCAGAACCCCAAAGUGCAGAGGAUAAAAUGAAUGUAGAUCUUUACCAAUGCCCUUUCUGUAGCUGGCCAAUUUAAAACCGACACCACGACACAUCCAAGAUUGAAAGAACUCCACCUAAUGACAGAAAAUGUUUUCCUGAAGAAUGUGCUUGGGAAUUUUUGGGAUCUUACAAAACUGCCUCUUGAAUGUCUAUGGAGGGAAAGCGUUUGCAUUGUUACAGAUUGUUAUAGGGUGACCUGAGCUCUCGCCUUUAACUUGUGUUGACUGUUCAAACUGACCAUAUGGUUGUUUCUUUGUGUGUGUGUGGGCUUUUUUUUUUUUUUUACAGCCGGUCUGUUGUGUUUAAGUAUUUAUUUGCUUUAAAGGGACACGGAAAAUAGUCUGCACUGCUUUCAGAUAAGGAAAAAUGGUUCUCAGUUUAGGAGAAAUAAUGAAAGCUUCCCUUUAGAAGGGUAGCUGGACCAUUUCUUACACUUUUUGGGCUUAGAAUGUUAUCUGCUCUACAAAUAAGCAUAUUUUAAAAUUGGAAAUUCUCGGGUUUGCCAGUGCUCCAGAUGCAAGGCUGUUAAGACAAUUUUUGUCCCUUUGCAAACUAAAAUUGUGUCAGCCUGAAUGGUCACUUCAGGUACCAGUUCUGAGACUUGUUUCACACAGGUGUGUAUUACUGAAACUAGUUUUUACCUGUUUGGUUUGCAGCUAUUUGACUUUUUUUUUUUUUCAAAAAAAUUUAUUUAUUGACACUUUGCUCUGAAUCACAAGGGUUUGGGGUUUUUUUGUAAAAUAUGUUUUCAAUAAACAGUUUUGUGUAUUUUGUAAA